AUGUCAGCUGAGGGUCUGUGUGUAACGUUAUGUGACUUCCAAUCCUGACCCUUUUGAUUUCACUUUCUGCCCUGUUUGAGGAUUAUUUAACUAGGUAGCUAUACUCAACCGCUGUUCAGAUUCCUAGAAAUGUAGCUAGAGAACUAGUCAAUCAAUUUCCUCAGGUUUUUAUUUGUGUUGUAAAUCAUGCCCACCACACAGUUUUCUAAUAAAUAAAUAAUAUGCCAUUUAGCAGACGCUUUUAUCCAAAGCGACUUACAGUCAUGUGUGCAUAUAUUUUUACGUAUGGGUGGUCCCGGCGAUCGAACCCACUACCCUGGCGUUACAAGCGCCAUGAUCUACCAAUUGAGCUACAAAGGACCAGAUUCUAGUACAGUUAGCUCACACAAGCCUAAUCAUUUGCACAAAGUAACAGUUGUUUCCCAUCAGCAACCAAAAUCAUUUCGAUCUGUUUACUACAUUGCUUUGGUAAGAUGAUUGAUAAAGUUAGUUUCUUUUUUAUUUUGCAGGUCAGACGAUGACUGAGUUCAAGAGAGCCUUCUCACUGGUGUGGGACCAUUUUACUCUAGUGACACCCAAUAAGGUCCAGUGCUCCCUCUGUUCACAACGGCUGAGCUUCAACAAAAACACCUCAGCCAUGUUAAGGCACCUACGAUCAAGGCACCCAAGCGAGGCUUGGUACAGCAACUCAACAUCUGGUGCCCACUCAAGCACAAGCAACUCAACAUCUGGAGUCCACUCAACGUUCUCUAACUCAAUAAUUAGUAGUGCUGGAGUCCACUCAUCGUUCUCUGGUACUGCAGGACUAAACUCAAUAUUUACAAACAGUGCUGCUGCUGGACACCACAUCCAAGGUAUGUUUCCUUUGGAAUAGAUGGUUGUCCAUCCAGUUUAAAUAAAUUAUUAUAUUUAGAUUAGCUUUAAUUGUACAUCUAAUUCAAUUUGAAUUGAUUAUACUGUUUUAUUUCACAGUCAGGACCACCAGACAAGAGGACCUGGAUGAUGCCCUAGUCAACAUGUUGGUUAAAGACACCCAGCCAUUUUCAGUAGUCGAGGAAGAGGGAUUCGCUGCUUUUGUCCAAAAGCUUGACCCAAGCUACAAUCUUCCAAACAAGCAAGCACUGAAGAAAAUGGUGGGGUCACGGUGUGAAUUCAUCAAUGAUAAUGUUGUAUCUCAGAUGGUAAUUUCUGACUUUGUCAGCCUGACUUCGGACAUGUGGACAUCUAUAGACAAGCACAGUUACAUUUCAGUGACAGGGCAUUUGGUAGCAGAAAAUGCCCAGUUAUCCACUUUCCUCCUUGGGAUUUCUAAGCUGCCUGAAAACCACAAAGUGAUCCACAUUGAGGAGGCCAAAAACCAACUGGUGGCGAGCUGGGGCCUCCACAGCAGGGUCGCCGCAUUUGUCACAGAGACCAGUGACAACAUGGUAGCCACGGUUCAGAAACUAGGAAUCCUCCAGUUGCCCUCUUUUGCACACGUCCUGAACCUUGUGAUUAAGAGGUCCAUGGAGGCUACUUUGGAGCUGCAGGACAUCCGCUCCCAAGCGCGGGCUAUCGUGGCUUUCUUCAAGUCCAAUCAGAACGCAGAGAUGAGGUUAGCCGAGGUGCAGGGCCAGCUAGGCAGGCCGGAGCAGAAGCUGAUCCAGGAGGUGGACUCGAGGUGGAACAGUAGCUUUUCUAUGCUGGAACGUGUCUUUGACCAGAGGGAGUCUGUGGCGGCUGCUCUCAGCACCCUGGACACGGACAUCAUCCCUCUGGGAUCUGCUGAUUACGAGGUCAUCCAUCAGUGUCUCGGAGUGCUGGGUUCCUUCAACCAGGCCACAGCCGAGCUCGCCUCAGAGAAACGUGUCUCGGCCUCCAAGGUCAUUCCUCUUGUCCGGAUGCUAAAGAUAACCCUUGAGAAGAAGCACGGUGCCAUCAUACACCCUACGGCUACACAGCUGGUGUCUAACCUACAGAGAGAGCUUCAGACGAGCUGCAGCAUGGUGGAGACCGAGCCAAUCUUAGCUCUCUCUGCUCUCCUAGACCCGCGCUUCAAAAUGUUGGCCUUCGGGAACCAAGGCUACGCUCAGGAGGCGGUGAAGCUCCUCACCUCCGAGUGCGCCUCAUUAAUCCGGAUAAAUCCGGACAAGGAUGACACUCUGCCGCCGUCCACCACCGGGUCGACAACGCCCUCCCCGACAUCACCCCACACCACCUCCUGGGCAAUGGAAACCGCUUCCAUCUCCAUGGCAACAUCUCUGUCUAAGUCCCACAAUGGGGGUCUGUGGGAGAUGUUUGACAGUAAAGUGGGCGAGACACAGAGCGUUCAGAGCAGCACGGCGGACGCAGCGGUGGAGGUACAACACUACCUCAGUGACCCGUACCUGAACCGAGUGGAGAAUCCCAUGCACUACUGGGAGAAGCACUCCAAGGUGUACCCGCACCUGUUCCAGCUGGCUCGGAAAUACCUCAGCGUUCCCGCCUCAUCUGUGCCAUGCGAGCGCAUAUUCACCAAAGCUGGAGAUGUGUUCAAUAAAAAGAGGAGUUGCCUCAGUAUGAAGGCUGCUGAGCAGAUAAUGCUGUUGAAUAAAGGUCUAGUAUAG